AUGUCCUUCAACAUCCUCUUCGGCAGCCCCAUCCACAACGGGGACAUCAACGCUGCCCGCAAGCUGUUCGAUGAAAUGCCAGAGAGGAACCUCGCUACCUGGAAUGCCAUGAUUGUCGGGCUGGCUCACUUCGAGCUCGACGAGGAGGGACUCGAGUGCUUCCUGAGGUCGAGGAGGGAGGGCCUGUGUCCCGAUGAGUUUGGUUUGGGGAGCACCUUGCGAUGCUGCGCCAGAUUGAAGGAUGCAGGUUCUGGUCGCCAAAUCCAUGCCUUCGUGGUUAUCAAUGGGUUUGAGCAGGACAUGUGUGUUGGGAGCUCUCUAGCUCACAUGUACAUGAGAAGUGGUCAUCUUGAAGAAGGAGAAAGGGUUCUGAGAGGAUUGCCUUUCCUCAAUGUGGUCUCUUGCCAUACUGUGAUUGCAGGAAGAGCAUAA